AUGUCUAUCAAGCCUACAAUCACACCCAACUGUAUAAAACCUAGACCGCCUUCAGCAAACCUUAACAAGCCUGUAAUGGUCGCAAACAAGAAAAAAAUCGAAGCCAAGCUUAUCCCUGAAUAUUUCAGCCAACAUUUUGCAUCAUCAAGACGACCUAGAAGUUCAUCAGCAAGUGAUAGAAGACCCCCAAGCUUGGUAUGAAAAUUGAUGAUAAAACAAAAUCAAAAUAAAGAAAAUAACCCACCUGUGAUUUUAAAAGACGUAUCAAAAACUCCUCCACUUCCUAAGCCUGUUUUUACAGUACCAGAAAUUAGGAAUACUUUUUAUGAACACAUGAAUAGAUUGGAAGGACAGUUAGACCAUGUUCUGGAUAAUAUAGAAGUCCCAGAAGGGUUUUUCUCGCCUGUUAAAACAAGAAAAAGAAUUCCUCUUAGACAAUUGUAA